UUAAUAAUAACUUUUAACACUACACGGCUAAAGAAUAAUUAGUUAAGAGUCUAUGGUAGUAGCAUUAUAAUAUUUUAUAAAACUGAAGGCAAACAAGGCAUUAAAAGUAUGCUAAUAGUCGGAAUACCCAGAAAAUUCUUUGACAAGGUUGUGAUUCCGAUGAUUCCGGAUUCGAGUGUUACAAGAUCUAUUUGCUCUGAAUUUACCUAAAUUUUUUAGAAUCCCUGAUAGAAAAAAGACCAUGCAUAACGUGUUUUGAUCUCAAUGAAAACAGUUAUUGCAAAUCAUCAAUAUGACAGAAAAGAAUUACGUAAAAGCAGCUUAUUUCCAUGAUUAAAUCAUGCUUAUUUCUUAUAUGAAUAAGAUAAGACAUAUGAAACACAUUCUUAAGAAGAUGUAAUGGCAACAUUAAGGAAGUUCUCUCUUUUUGACAUGUUGUUUGUUUGUUUAUAAAUACUCAAACUUGAAUCGUAGAUGCUUUAAUAGUUUGCUAGGAAAUUUUAUGAAUUUUCGAAAAGAAUUUAAAGUAUAGCAGAAUGUUGGAUGCUUCUGAAAUGAUUAUAUUUACUGAAAAGUUAAUCGAAGGAAUUAAACAUUUCCCGGUUUUAUAUGACAGAAAAGUAAUGCGAGCAAAGGACAAGAUCGAAAAGGAAGAAGCAUGGAUAGCACUUACUAAUCGGCUACCCACAAAUUUAGGAAUUAAAGUUGAUGAUACGAAGAAAAGAUGGAGAACACUAAAAGAUUGUUAUUCCAAAUAUCUUCGUAGUUUUAGAACAAGCAAUAGAUUUGAAGCCCGCUAUCAAUCAUGGCGUUGGUCAGAGCAGAUGGAUUUUUUUAAAACAUUUAUGUUACACAAUGAUAGUAACGAUGAUGAUCAAAGUACAUUUCAAAAAAAAGCGGAAAAACGAAAUUAUGACAAAAGAAUGAAUGACUACCAAACACACAUAGUAAAAAAUAAUUUUAAAAACCGAACAAAUGUAGAUAUAAGUCAAGAAGUGUAUGUUAAAAGCUCACGGCUCAAUAAGAUGGAGAGUCCAAGUAACCAAAUUAAAGGCGAACUCGAUGAAGUCGAUGAUGAAACUUAUCAAGCCAUUGCUAGUGCAGUAUCGGAUUAUGGAAACACAUCUGGUGAUUGGGAUGGAUUAAUGAAUGACCCGGAUAAUGAAGAAAUUCUCCAUAAUUCAACUACAAAAAGCAUUAUAUCAAUACACGAUGAAAAAUACUUAGACCCUUUGGAGGGAAGAAAUUUUGACGGCAUAGAUCUGACAUUUCUUGGAUACGCCAGUAGCAUCAAGAAACUCACACCUCGAAGACAAUCUAUUAUAAAAUUUGCCGUUGCUAAAUUGAUAAUGCGAGAAGAAUUAGCACAACAAAAUGACAACGAAAAGACUUAUUUGCAUAAUACAACAACAUAAAAUAUAGAAUUAAAUAAAAUAUUGUGUUUGAUACUAACAUACA